CCCCCUUCUCCCCGGUCUUUUUUCCCUUCUAUCGUGAAGCUAAGGCCACUAGGUGGAUGAAUCGAGGACGACAUGUACGUAGUUACGUAUCCGUAUAUGAAUAUGCGAAAAAGGUGACCAGCCGAGGCUGGCUAGGUUUAAGAUGGUCUACCUAUCUUGUGUGCCUUCGACAGGGAAGAGCGAAGCGGAUGAAAGCCUGUGGAUAUUUGAUAGCAUUAGGGCAGACACCACCUCCCUCCCCGUUCAAUUAUUACUGAACACUCUGCAAUCUACUAGUAGCCUGAUAUACGAACAAACAGCCAAGCAAGCCAUUUUCAGUAGUGUGUGCAUGGAAAAAGGGAAAAAAACCCCCAGGAGGGCUAGCGGAAAAUGGGGAAAAUAUGUGGUCGCCAUCAGACCACGGCACCUGCAUUUUGUAGGAACGCCGAUACGCCACCGACGACCAGCUGAACUACCGGAGCCUAUCCUCUCCCUUCACCCCGCCCUCGCGUAUAUUUACGGAAAACAGCAAUCGGGGGCUUGGGUUUGGGCUGUGAUCGGCAGCCGAAGGGGUUUCGUGAAAGGAAAAAGUACUGGUGACGUGACAAGUCUGUCUGUCAAUCUGUCUUCGGCAGUUGCAGCCACGCCCGCACAGAUUAUCAACUUUUCUUUUCAUUAUCGAUGGACUAAUUAUGUGCUGUGCGGGGGUUCCCGCCGGAUCCAUUGCGUUGCCGUACUCUGUUUGAUAUGUUAUAUGCGCUGUGUGGUGUCAAAGCCACUAGCAGUGAGGCUUCUUAGGUAUUAAUCCUUAGACUUUGUGGCUUCUCCCCGUGUCUCGGGCUGUCCUCAAGACACGUCAAGACACUCGCAGUUUCUUGCAGAAAGAUUCGACGAUCCCCCACCGCCCCCCCACUUAGACCAAGGUUGUUUGUACUGUAUACGAACCGGCAGGUUUCCUUCUGAGCUCCUUCGCGGCAUGAUUUGAGAUAUGUCGCGCGCUAUCAACCCCCUGAAGUGUUGCAGUCU